GCAAAAAGAAAAAAACCAACAGAAGCAACACAAAACUCGCGGCUUCUGCCAUCCAUUUUUUGUGAAAAAAGAUUCGAUGCAGCUUUGAUUGGCUGUGGUUGUGACUGUAAAUUAACUUUAAUAAAUUUCCAGCCCAAAUAAUAAAUAAAAACAUUUUAAUUGCAAUUCACCGGGCAUUAUAAAAAGAUAACAAUAUAAUUGGUGAAGAUUUUGUGAAAGUAUUCGUUUUGUUUGUCAAUCCGAGAGAAUCUUUUUGGCGCAAUCAAAAAACAUGGGGGAUCGUGGCGACAAUGCUGAAUCCUUCGAUGAUGCGGUAGAAGAACGCGUCAUAAACGAAGAGUACAAAAUCUGGAAGAAGAAUACGCCGUUCCUUUAUGACUUGGUUAUGACGCACGCUCUGGAAUGGCCUUCGCUGACCGCACAAUGGCUUCCCGAUGUAACCAAACAAGAAGGCAAAGACUAUUCCGUGCAUCGCUUGAUUCUGGGAACCCAUACAUCAGACGAACAAAACCAUCUUCUCAUUGCGAGUGUCCAGCUACCAAGCGAAGAUGCUCAAUUCGACGGAUCACAUUAUGACAACGAGAAGGGUGAAUUUGGAGGCUUCGGGUCGGUUUGUGGUAAGAUCGAAAUUGAAAUUAAAAUAAAUCAUGAAGGAGAGGUCAACCGGGCACGAUAUAUGCCCCAGAAUGCUUGCGUUAUUGCCACAAAAACACCGUCGAGCGAUGUUCUUGUCUUUGACUACACCAAGCAUCCAAGCAAACCCGAGCCGAGUGGAGAGUGCCAUCCAGACUUGCGUCUUCGUGGUCAUCAAAAAGAGGGCUAUGGUUUGUCAUGGAAUCCAAAUUUGAACGGCUACCUUUUGUCGGCGAGUGAUGACCAUACCAUCUGUUUGUGGGACAUUAAUGCAACUCCCAAGGAACACCGUGUAAUCGAUGCUAAAAAUAUCUUCACAGGUCACACGGCCGUUGUGGAGGAUGUUGCCUGGCAUUUGCUUCACGAAUCUCUGUUCGGGUCUGUUGCCGAUGACCAGAAGCUUAUGAUCUGGGAUACACGAAACAACAACACGUCAAAACCGUCACACACUGUCGACGCUCACACCGCCGAAGUCAACUGCCUCAGCUUCAAUCCAUAUUCCGAAUUUAUUCUGGCCACAGGUUCCGCCGACAAGACUGUUGCUCUAUGGGACUUAAGAAAUCUCAAAUUGAAGCUGCAUUCUUUCGAAUCGCACAAGGAUGAGAUCUUCCAGGUACAAUGGUCACCCCAUAAUGAAACAAUCCUUGCUUCCUCUGGCACCGACAGACGCCUGCAUGUUUGGGACUUGUCGAAAAUCGGCGAGGAACAGAGCGCAGAAGACGCUGAGGAUGGCCCACCUGAGUUACUUUUCAUUCAUGGCGGACACACAGCCAAGAUAUCGGACUUCUCAUGGAAUCCAAAUGAGCCCUGGAUUAUUUGUUCUGUCUCCGAGGACAAUAUCAUGCAAGUGUGGCAAAUGGCUGAGAAUGUGUAUAACGAUGAAGAACCAGAGAUACCAGUUUCUGAAUUGGAAACCCCGACAGCUUAAGCUCGAACUGGAUUUAACAUAUUUUUUUUUAUAUAUAUAUAUUCCCUACACUAGUAUGUACUGUUGCGGCCUCCUUGAUCUAUCUCUGGAUAAAUGUUUUAAUUUCUUUCAUUGUUUUGGUACCAUUUUAUUUGCAAACAAAAUAAACCAUUGUAGAUGUAAUUUUUCUUUAUCAA